AUGUUCAAGCAAGUUGGUCUUAGGGAAUCAAAACCCACUAGGAUGAGUAUUCAAUUGACUGAUAGAUCUGUUAAAUAUCCUAAGGGUAUUAUUGAAGAUGUACUUGUGAAGGUAGAUAAAUUCAUAUUUCCUGUUGAUUUUGUUGUGCUUGACAUGGAUGAGGAUGUUGAGGUGCCUUUAAUUUUAGGUUUCCCCUUUUUAGCCACUACUAAGGCUAUUAUUUAUGUGGGUAAUGAUAAACUUGUGCUUAAGGUAGGUGAUGAGGAGAUCAUUUUUCAAAUUUAUGAUGCCAUGCGAUUCUCUAGAGAACAAGAUGAUUUAUGUUAUUUUAUUGAUUCUAUUGAUCACGCUAUUAAAGAUUUAUUGCACGAAAUUAUUCAUAAGGACACGUUGGAACUAUGUUUUGCUCAAGGAAAGCAUAUAGAUGGUGAUAAUGCUGUGAUAAGUGAGACAAAAAUUAAUUUAGAUACUAAUGAGUCUUCAUUGAGGCAAAAAAUUAUGAGGACAUUGAGGUAA